CAGGAGCCUGGACCUGCUCCGCCCUGUGAGAUGCAGACAUGGUGCCCCUGCUGCUGCUGCCCCUGCUGUGGGGGGGGUCCUUGCAGCAGCUCCGAGUGCAGGAAUCCGUGACGGUGCAGGAGGGUCUGUGCGUCCACGUGCCCUGCUCCUUCCCCUACCCGUGGAGUUCGUGGUCUUACUCUGGUAAACUCUACACCUACUGGUACCGGAAAGGGGACCAUGUAUACUAUGAUGAUCUUGUGGCCACCAACAACCGCAAUAUACAAGUGAAUACAGAGACCAGGAACCGAUUCCUCCUUGCGGACCCCUCAUUCAACAACUGUUCCCUGAGAAUCAGAGACGCCAGGAUGAGGGACGCAGGAACCUACUUCUUCCGAGUGGAGAAGGGAUCUCAAGGGAAAUACAGUUACCAAAAUAUGCUGACGUUACAGGUGACAGGUAAGGCAGGGGCCCAGGGGAGGAUGCCGACACGUGGGACCCGUCUUAGAGCUGAAACCAGACACUGGGACACACUCUGUCCAGGCCCUGAGGCCCCGGUUUCUCUCAGGGUCACACUCUGGGUCCCCCUCCUCUGGAGCCCAGACAUCUCUCUCUCCUCAGCCCUGACAGAGAAACCCAACAUCCACAUUCCGGAGCCUCUGGAGUCUGGCCGCCCCACACAGCUGACCUGCAGCCUGCCGGGGUCCUGUGAAGGGGGACAACCCCUCACCUUCUCCUGGGCGGGAGCCGCUGUUGACUCGCGGAACCUGCAGAACUCCUCCUCCUGGAUGCCCACCUUUACCCCGAGGCCCCAGGACCAUGGCACCAACCUCACCUGCCAGGUGAAACUCCAAGGAUCUUCGGUGACCACGCAGAGAACCAUCCAGCUCAAUGUCUCCUAUGCCCCACAGAACCUCACCAUAGACAUCGCCUUCAGAAAUGGCACAGCCCUCAAGAUUCUGCAAAACACAUCACUUCCCAUCCCAGAAGGGGAGGCUCUGAGGCUGCUCUGUGUGGCUGAGAGCAACCCGCCUGCACAGUUGAGCUGGGUCCGAGGGUCCCCAGCCCUGAACGCCACCCCCGUCUCCAGCACCGCGAUGCUAGAGCUGCCUCGUGGCCUGGGGACUGCGGAAGAAGGAGAAUUCACCUGCCAAGCUCAGCACCCACUGGGCUCCCGGAGUCUCUCCCUCAGCCUCUUGGUGUUCUACCCCCCACAGCUGCUGGGACCCUCCUGCUCCUGGGAGGACCAGGGUCUGCUCUGCAGCUGCUCCUCCCGGGCCCAGCCGGCCCCCUCCGUGCGCUGGCGGCUGGGGGAGGGGCUGCUGGAGGGGAACCACAGCAAUGCCUCCUACACGGUCACCUCCCGCUCAGCCGGGCCCUGGGCCAACAGCUCCCUGAGCCUCAGCGGGGAGCUCAGCACGGGCCUCAGGAUCAGCUGCGAGGCCAGGAAUGUCCACGGGGCCCCGAGCGCUGCUGUCCUGCUGCUGCCAGGAAAGUCGGUGUCUGCGGGCGUGGUGUCCGCUGCUCUUGGAGGUGCUGGUGCCAUGGCCCUAGUGUCCCUGUGUUUGUGUCUCAUCUUCUUUUGCAUAGUGAAAGCCCGCAGGAAGCCAGCAGCUGGGAGACCACAGGUCAGGAAUAAAGAAGACGUCGUGAUGGGCACAGUCACCUGGGGUCCCCAGAAAAAUCCCAGGCCAGACAGGCCCCCACACCAAGCGCCACCUGCUGAGGGUGCUCCUUUGUCAGGAGAACCACAGGAACUCCACUAUGCCAACCUCGCCUUUCAUGGGUUUAAGCUACGGGAGCCUCAGGACCAGGGGGCCACCAGCACCUCUGAGUACACAGAGAUCAAGAAGACAAGCAAUUGAAGACUCGCUCAGAGGUGUUUAAUUGAAGUAUCAGGAGCAACCAUAGAAAGCAGAAGAGAGCAAAUGCUAUCUUUAAAUGUCACAUUAUAAUUUACCCUUAGCAGAGAUCAUUUAAAAAUGGGAAAGUAACACAGAUAGUUUGGAUCAAAUAAAUGGGGAAAAGCAUUGCCUGUAGAAUAAAAAUAUAGUUAUUAAAUACCUGGCAAUAAUAACAACUAAGCCCAAGCUGGUUGUGGCGGGGUAAGUGGACUUUACAUUUUCUAAUAUUUACGUAGUAUCUGGGAGGAUAGAGAGGUUUUCAUUUACUAAGACUUUGAUAAGUUAAUUAUGAUGCAGUAAUGUUAUGGUAAUGACUCUACAAAUAGAAUCAGAAUGUAUAAGUUACAAACUAGAACUGGUUAAAAGUGUAUUGUGAAAAACUGAGUAAAUCAGAAGAAGAAAAGAAUAAAGAGAUCAACUAAUGUGGAUUUGUUGGCACAUAUAUGAAAGAUAGCAUGGGAUGCUUCUGUUGAAUAUAAAUGGAUAAAUGCUUCAGUUAAAAACAGAGAGCCAGCUUGGAUUAGUAUUCCAAGUAUGUGCUCUUUAUAAUAUAUGCAUCUAAAUUAUAGAAGCAAGUGGCAGAAAAUCAAGGGAGACAAAAUUAUAUGCUAUGCCAACAUUAAUAAGGAGAAAGCUGGAGUAGUCCCAGUAAGGUCAUACAAAAUGCAUGUUACUACAUCAUUCCAUUUAUGUGAAGCUCUAAAGAAACUGUCUUGUUUAAGAAUAGAUAUACAGCCCUGGCCGGUGUGGCUAAGUGGUUAGAACAUUGGCCUGCACACCAAAAGGGUCAUGGGUUUGAUCCCUAGUUCUGGUCAGGGGCAUGUGUGGGAGGCAGCCAAUCCAUGUCUCUCUCUCUCUGUCUCUCCUCCCCCCGUUCCACUCUCUCUAAAAGUAUCCUCGGGUGAUGAUGGGAGCUGGCUACGUGUCUGAUAGAGUCCACAGAGCCUGCAGGUCUUGAGUCAGAGAUUCAACCUCCCCCACAAUCUCAAGAAAUUAGGCUUGCACUGUGUUUGUGCAGC